CUGGGCCUACCCACUAUAAGAACCUAAGGCCGGCAGCCUAGUGAAUAUCCAGUCUAUUCCCUCCAUCACCUACAAAUCAUUUUAAUUUGGCUCUUCAGUUCUGAGAAGCGACUGAAGAUCGCAAUGGAGUGGAUUGGAGGAAAAGAUCAAGUUUUGACCAUUUCAAUAACUACCCUUUACACCAUUUUGGCAGUUCUUGCUGGAGCUUUAGUGUACUUGUACAGACCUUAUUGGCUGGUGAGAAGAGUGCCAGGACCUCCAGCACUUCCCCUUGUAGGGCACCUUCCCUUGCUUGCCAAGUAUGGCCCUGAUCUUUUUUCUGUCCUCGCGAAACAGUACGGCCCCAUUUUCAGGUUCCAUAUGGGGAGGCAGCCAUUGGUGAUCAUAGCAGAUGCAGAGCUUUGUAGAGAAGUUGGGAUCAAGAAAUUCAAAUUCUUCACAAACAGAAGCAUCCCCUCUCCCAUCUCUGCUUCCCCUCUCCAUCAGAAAGGCCUGUUUUUCACCAGGGAUGCAAGAUGGUCAUCAAUGAGAAACACACUAGUGUCAAUCUACCAGCCAUCUCACCUGGCCAAGCUGGUCCCAACUAUGCAAUCAUUCAUCGAAUCCGCGACUCAGAAUCUUGAUUCUAAAGGGGACGACUUCACCUUUUCUAACCUCUCCCUCAAAUUAGCCACUGAUGUUAUUGGGCAGGCUGCAUUUGGAGUUGACUUUGGUCUGUCGAAACCCCCCAAAGAGGACAAAGAGUCGCUUGACAAUGGAAUCCAAGAGUUCCUCAACCAGCAUAUCUACUCCACAACACAGCUCAAGAUGGACUUGUCUGGCUCCUUCUCCAUCAUCUUGGGUCUAAUCGUCCCCAUUCUUCAGGAACCGUUUCGGCAAAUCCUCAAGAGGAUCCCCGGAACAAUGGACUGGAAAGUGGAGAACACAAACAAGGACCUUAGCAGGCGACUUGACGACAUUGUUGCAAAGAGAAGGGAAGAAAAGGAGCGUGGGACGAAGGACUUGUUGUCCCUUAUCCUGAGUGAGGUGGAGUCCGAGAAAGUGGCAAAGAAUGUUUUUACCUCUGAUUAUAUUAGCGCAGUGACUUAUGAGCACUUAUUGGCUGGUUCUGCAACGACUUCUUUCACAUUGUCUUCAAUUAUCUACCUGGUUUCCGGUCAUCCACUGGUUGAAAAAAAAUUGGUCGAAGAGGUAGAUGGGCUUUCAGCUGAUCAGGUGCCGAGCGCCCAUGAUCUUCAGACAAAGUUUCCAUAUAUUGAUCAGGUAAUUAAAGAGGCAAUGAGAUUCUACACAGUUUCACCACUAGUUGCAAGAGAGACAUCAGCACCAGUAGAGAUUGGAGGUUACAGCCUCCCAAAGGGGACAUGGGUAUGGCUAGCCCUUGGAGUUCUGGCUAAAGAUCCCAAGAACUUUCCAGAACCCGAAAAGUUCAAGCCAGAGAGAUUCGAUCCAAGUUGUGAAGAAGAAAAAGGA